AAAGGGGAGGCGGUGGAGAAAUGCCACUUUGCCAGCUCAGGGAAGGGACAGCAGCAGCACAGCUAAGAGUAUCUGUUGGCUGGGCGGAGGGGGCUACAGCCAAGCACAGCCUUUCCCACCUCCACACCGCCUAAACCAGUCCCACCUGUGCCAGGGCAUGGCUGUGCUGCUGGGAUCCGUGCUGCUGAGGACAAGUCAAAGCCGGCCAAGCCGAGGACUAUCCCAAUUGCAAAGGGGAAGAAGAAAAGGGGGAAAAACCCAACAACAACAACAACCACCGACCCCCUGCACGCCCCCAUUCCUGCUGCCCUUUGACAUGCAACCUUCCUUGGGAUGGGACAAGCCGGGAUGCAGCUGUGGAUUUGGAAAGAACUGGGGAAAAUUGGGGAUCUUUGCUCUGAUGACGGUGGAAGUGAGCUCCUGGAGCCGGGUGCUGCUGCUCUCCGUGGGGCUGCUGGCUGUCUCGGUGACUGCCCAGAACUGCAGCCACAUUUUGCAGGGCCCCAACGGGACAAUACAGAGUCCAGGCUUUCCCUAUGGCUAUCCCAAUUAUGCCAACUGCACGUGGACCAUCACAGCUGAGGAGCAGCACAGGAUCCAGCUUGUUUUCCAGGCCUUUGCUUUGGAGGAGGAUUUUGAUGUGUUAUCUAUCUACGAUGGACUGCCUCAGCAGGGGAACCUGAGAACAAGGUUAACAGGUUUCCAGCUGCCUGCUCCUGUUGUGAGCACGGGAGUUGUGCUGUCCUUGUGGCUCGUCAGCGACUACGCCGUCAGCGCUCAAGGCUUCCAGGCCAGCUACGAAGUUCUACCGAGCCACACGUGUGGCAAUCCAGGGAGGCUGCAGAAUGGGAUUCAGCAGGGGACAAGCUUCAGCAUCGGGGGCAAGGUGCGCUACAGCUGCAACCCAGGCUUCUUCCUGGAGGGCCACGCACUGCUCACCUGCCGCGCCAGCUCGGACAGCAGCGCCUCCUGGGACUUCCCUCUCCCCUUCUGCAGAGCUGAUGAUGCUUGUGGAGGGACACUGCGGGGCCAGAGUGGAAUUAUCUCAAGCCCUCAUUUCCCUUUGGAGUAUGGCAAUAAUGCAGACUGCACCUGGACUAUUCUGGCUGAACCUGGAGACACUAUUGCUCUGGUUUUCAUGGAUUUCCAGCUGGAAGAUGGAUAUGAUGUUUUAGAAGUUGCUGGGACAGAGGGAUCUUCACUCUGGUUUACUGGGAUGAAUUUGCCUGCCCCAGUUAUCAGCAGCAAGAACUGGCUGCGGCUUCACUUCACCUCAGAUGGCAACCACAGGCAGAAGGGGUUCAGUGCCCAGUAUCAAGUCAAGAAGCAAAUGGAGAUGAAGUCCAGAGGGGUGAAGCUGAUGCCCAGCAAGGACAACAACCAGAAGACAUCAGUGUUAACUCAGGUUGGUGUGUCCCAGGGACAUAAUAUGUGUCCAGACCCUGGGAUUCCAGAGAGAGGCAAAAGGAUAGGCAACGAUUUUAGGUUAGGCUCCAGCAUCCAGUUCACCUGCAACGAGGGCUAUGAUUUGCAAGGGUCCAAAAGCAUCACCUGCAAGAGAGUGAGUGACAUCAUUGUCGCCUGGAGUGACCACAGACCAGUGUGCAGAGCCAGGAUGUGUGACAUGUACCUGCGUGGUCCCAGCGGGGUGAUCACCUCUCCCAACUACCCUGUCCAGUACGACAACAACGCCUACUGCGUCUGGGUCAUCACUGCCCUCAACCCAGCCAAGGUUAUCAAACUCACCUUUGAAGAAUUUGAACUAGAGAGAGGAUAUGACACUCUGACAGUGGGGGAUGGAGGCCAAGUCGGAGACCAGAAAACUGUGCUUUACGUCUUGACAGGCACCACAGUCCCUGACCUCAUCGUCAGCACCCAGCACCAGAUGUGGCUCCUCUUCCAGACAGACAGUGUCAGCAACUUGCUGGGCUUCAAAGCUACCUAUGAAGAGAUUGACCAGGGGAGCUGCGGCGAUCCCGGGAUCCCAGCCUACGGCAGGAGAGAAGGAGCCACGUUUCGCCACGGGGACAGCCUGAAGUUCGAGUGCCAGCCUGCCUUUGAGUUGAAGGGACAGAAAACCAUUACCUGCCAAAAGAGUAGCCAGUGGUCUGCUCAGAAACCAGUUUGUGUUUUCUCCUGCUUCUUCAACUUCACCACCCCGGCUGGCACCGUGCUGUCGCCCAACUACCCGGAGGAGUACGGCAGCAGCCUGCACUGCGUCUGGCUGAUCAUCGCCAAGCCCGAGAGCAGGAUCCACCUGGCUUUCAAUGACUUCGACGUGGAGCCCCAGUUCGAUUUCCUGGCUGUGAAGGAUGGUGGCACUGCUGAAUCUCCAGUGCUGGGCACCUUCUCAGGAAACCAGAUCCCUUCCUCCCUCACCAGCAGCGGCCACGUAGCCAGGCUGGAGUUCCAGACCGACCACUCCAUGGAGAAGAGAGGCUUCAACAUCACCUUCACCACAUUCAGGCACAAUGAGUGCCCUGACCCUGGCGUGCCGGUGAACGGGAAGCGGUUUGGCGACAGCCUGCAGCUUGGCAGCUCCGUGUCCUUCCUCUGUGAUGAAGGCUUCAUCAGGACUCACGGCUCAGAAACCAUCACCUGCAUCCUGAAGGAAGGGAAUGUGGUCUGGAACAACGCAGUGCUCAGAUGUGAAGCACCGUGCGGCGGGCACCUGACGUCCCCCAGCGGCACCAUCCUGUCCCCGGGCUGGCCUGGCUUCUACAAGGACUCCCUGAGCUGUGCGUGGGUGAUCGAGGCCCAGCCAGGCUACCCCAUCAAGAUCACGUUUGACAGGUUUAAGACCGAGGUGAACUACGACACCCUGGAGGUGCGGGAUGGGCGCUCCUACUCCUCGCCGCUCAUCGGUGUCUAUGACGGGACUCAGGUGCCUCAGUUCCUCAUCAGCACCAGCAACUACCUCUACCUCCUCUUCACCACUGACAAAAGCCACUCUGACAUCGGCUUUCAGAUCAGAUAUGAAACUGUGAAGCUCCAAUCAGAUCACUGCUUGGAUCCAGGGAUCCCAGUCAACGGCCAGCGCCACGGCAAUGAUUUCUACGUGGGAGCCUUGGUGACCUUCAGCUGUGACUCAGGUUACACCUUGAGUGACAAUGAAGCCUUGGAGUGUGAGCCAAACUUCCAGUGGAGCAGACCCCUGCCCAGCUGUGAGGCAUUGUGUGGAGGCUACAUUCGUGGUUCCAGUGGUACCAUCCUCUCCCCAGGCUUCCCUGAUUUCUAUCCCAAUAACUUGAACUGCACAUGGACAAUAGAAACAUCACAUGGCAAAGGUGUCUUCUUCACCUUUCAUACCUUCCACCUGGAGAAUGGCCACGACUACCUCCUCAUCACAGAGAACAGCAGCUUUGCCCAGCCCCUCAAGCAGCUGACAGGCUCCAGGCUCCCUGCCCCACUCAGUGCAGGCCUCUUUGGGAACUUCUCUGCUCAGAUUCGCUUCAUCUCAGACUUCUCCAUGUCCUAUGAGGGCUUCAACAUCACCUUCUCAGAAUACGAUUUGGAGCCCUGUGAUGAGCCAGAGGUGCCAGCCUACAGCAUCAGGAAGGGGCUGCAGUUUGGUGUGGGAGAUGUCCUCACCUUCUCCUGCUUCCCAGGCUACAGGCUGGAGGGAGCCUCCCGCAUCACCUGCCUCGGGGGGAGACGACGUGUGUGGAGUUCGCCUCUGCCAAGGUGUGUUGCUGAAUGUGGUUCAUCUGUAACUGGGACCCAAGGUGUUUUGCUGUCCCCCAACUACCCACUCAACUACAACAACAACCAUGAGUGCAUCUACUCCAUCCAGACCCAGCCAGGAAAGGGGAUCCAGCUGAAAGCCAGGACCUUUGAACUGGAGGCAGGAGAUGUUCUCAAGGUCUACGAUGGCAGCAACAGCUCCGCUCGCCUGCUGGGCUCCUUCAGCCGCGCCGAGAUGCUGGCAGCCAGCAUCAACAGCACCUCCAGCAGCAUGUGGCUGGAGUUCAUCACCGACCCUGAGAACACCUCCAAAGGCUUUGAGCUGCAGUUUUCCAGUUUUGAGCUCAUUAAGUGUGAGGACCCUGGCAUCCCACAGUUUGGCUACAAGGUCCACGACGAGGGCCACUUUGCUGGCAGCUCUGUGUCCUUCAGCUGUGACCCUGGCUACACCCUGCGAGGCAGCAGGGUGCUGGUCUGCCUGACUGGGGAGAGGAGAGCCUGGGACCAGCCCCUGCCCACCUGCGUAGCUGAGUGUGGAGGAACCAUCAAAGGAGAGGCUUCGGGACGGAUCCUGUCUCCUGGCUACCCAACCCCCUACGACCACAAUCUGAACUGUAUCUGGACAAUAGAGGCAGAAGCUGGCUGCACAAUAGGGCUCCACUUCAUGGUGUUCCACACCGAGGAGCUCCACGACGUGCUGCGGAUCUGGGACGGCCCCGUGGAGAAGGGCAUCCUGCUGCGGGAGCUGAGCGGCUCCAGCCUGCCCGCCGACGUGCACAGCACCUUCAGCUCUCUCAUCCUGCAGUUCAACACCGACUUCUUCACCAGCAAGCAGGGCUUUGCUCUUCAGUUCUCAGUCUCCACUGCCACCUCCUGCAACGACCCAGGGAUCCCCCAGAACGGGAGCCGGAGCGGGGACAGCAAAGAGGCUGGAGACUCCAUCAUCUUCCAGUGCAACCCAGGAUAUGCCCUGCAAGGGGAGGCCAAAAUCACUUGUGUGCAGAUUGAGAACAGGUUUUUCUGGCAACCAGACCCUCCCUCCUGCACAGCUCCCUGCGGAGGGAUCCUGUCGGGGCCGUCGGGAGUGAUCCUGUCCCCGCAGUACCCAGAGCCCUACCCCCCCGGGAAGGAGUGUGACUGGCAGCUGACUGUGUCCCCUGACUAUGUCAUUGCCCUGGUCUUCAACACCUUUAGUUUGGAGCCUGGCUAUGAUUUCCUUCACAUCUACGAUGGACCUGAUUCCCUCAGCCCCUUGAUUGGAAGCUUUUAUGGUUCCCAGCUGCCAGAGAGGAUAGAGAGCAGCAGCAACAGCCUCUUCCUCGCCUUCCGAAGCGACGCCUCGGUCAGCAACGCUGGCUUUGUCAUUGACUACACAGAAAACCCUCGGGAGUCCUGCUUUGACCCUGGAUCCAUCAAGAACGGCACACGGGUGGGGACGGACCUGAAGCUGGGCUCUACCAUCACCUACUACUGUGAUGGAGGAUAUGACAUUGAAGGGGUCUCCACCCUGACUUGUGUGAUGGGAGAGGAUGGAAAACCCACCUGGAACAAACCUCGACCUACCUGCACAGCACCCUGUGGUGGGCAGUACACAGGCUCCGAUGGCGUUGUCCUCUCUCCCAACUACCCCCAGAACUACAGCAGUGGCCAAGUCUGCCUCUACUCCAUCGUGGUGCCAAAGGACUAUGUGGUCUUUGGGCAGUUUGCCUUCUUCCAGACCGCGCUCAACGACAUCAUCGAAGUCCACGAUGGCCCCAACGAGCUCUCCAGGCUCCUCAGCUCCCUCUCAGGCUCUCACACAGGGGAAUCAUUACCCUUAGCUACCACCAACCAGAUCCUCAUCAAGUUUAGCUCCAAGGGUCAGUCAACAGCCAAAGGUUUUCAUUUUGUUUACCAAGCUGUGCCCCGCACCAGCGCCACGCAGUGCAGCUCGGUGCCGGAGCCUCGCUACGGGCGGCGCUUGGGCAGCGACUUCGCGGUGGGUGCCGUGGUGCGGUUCGAGUGCAGCGCCGGCUACGCGCUGCAGGGCUCCCGAGCCAUCGAGUGCCUCACCAUGCCCGGCGCCCUGGCCCAGUGGAACGUCUCGGUGCCCACCUGCCUCGUGCCCUGUGGUGGGAACCUGACGGACCGCAAAGGAACCAUCCUGUCCCCUGGCUUCCCGGAGCCCUACCUCAACAGCCUCAACUGUGUGUGGAAGAUAACAGUGCCAGAAGGAGCAGGGAUCCAGAUCCAGGUGAUCAGUUUUGUCACUGAGCAGAACUGGGAUUCCCUGGAAGUGUUUGAUGGAGGAGACAACACAGCCACCAUGCUGGGAAGCUUCUCUGGAACUACAGUGCCUGCCCUGCUGAACAGCACUUCAAACCAGCUCUAUCUGCAUUUCUACUCCGACAUCAGUGUCUCCGCUGCCGGCUUCCACCUGGAGUACAAAACUGUUGGCCUCUCCAGCUGCCCAGAGCCUCCAGUUCCUGCCAACGGGCUGAAGAUUGGCGAGCGCUACCUGGUGAACGACGUCGUCUCCUUCCAGUGUGAGCCAGGCUAUGCCCUGCAGGGCCACUCACACAUCUCCUGCAUGCCAGGCACUGUCCGCCGCUGGAAUUACCCUCCGCCGCUCUGCAUCGCCCAGUGUGGAGGAACAGCAGAAGAGAUGGAAGGAGUGCUCCUGAGUCCAGGAUUCCCAGGAAAUUACCCAAGCAACCUGGACUGCACGUGGAGGAUAUUGCUGCCAGUGGGAUUUGGUGCUCACAUCCAGUUCCUGAACUUCUCCACUGAGCCCAACCACGACUACGUGGAGAUCCGCAACGGCCCCCACGACACCAGCGCCGUCAUCGGCCGCUUCAGCGGCGCCGACCUGCCUGGCUCCCUGCUCUCCACCUCCCAUGAGACCACUGUCUACUUCCACAGCGACCACUCCCAGAACAAACCUGGCUUCAAGCUGGAGUACCAAGCCUACGAGCUGCAGGAGUGCCCUGACCCUGAGCCUUUUGCCAAUGGUGUUGUGAGAGGAGCAGGCUACAACGUUGGCCAGUCCAUCUCUUUUGAGUGUCUCCCUGGCUACCAGCUGAUUGGCCACCCAGUCCUGACCUGUCAGCAUGGCACCAACAGGAACUGGGACCACCCAUUGCCCAGGUGUGAAGUGCCUUGUGGGGGGAACAUCACCACCCAAAAUGGUACAGUUUACUCUCCUGGCUUCCCCAACCAGUACCCCAAUUCCCAGGACUGCACUUGGCUCCUGACAGUGCCUGUGGGCUAUGGAAUCCACCUCAACUUCACCUUGCUGCAGACGGAGCCCUACAACGAUUUCAUCACUGUGUGGGAUGGGCCACAGCAAACAGCCCCACAGCUGGGUGUGUUCACUGGCAACUCUGCCAAGAAGUCAGCCCAGAGCUCUUCCAACCAGGUCCUGCUGAAGUUCCACAGCGACGCAGCCAACGGAGGCAUUUUUGCCAUCUCUUUCUACGCCUACCAGCUCGUCAGAUGUCAGCCUCCCACCAUGGUUCCCAACGCAGAAAUCAUCACUGAGAAUGAAGAAUUUAACAUAGGUGACAUAGUGAGGUACAGAUGCCUGCCAGGCUUCACCUUGAUUGGAAAUGAGAUCCUGACCUGCAAACUGGGCACUCAUCUCCAGUUUGAAGGACCUCCACCCACCUGUGAAGUGCACUGUCCCAUGAACCAGCUGCUGACAGACUCCACUGGUGUGAUCCUCAGCCAGAGCUUCCUGGGCAGUUACCCUCACUUCCAGACCUGCUCCUGGGUGGUGAAGGUGGAGCCUGGCUACAACAUCUCCCUCACCAUCGAGUACUUCCUGAGUGAGAAGCAGUAUGAUGAGUUUGAGAUCUUUGAUGGUCCCUCUGGCCAGAGUCCACUGCUCCUGUCCCUGAGUGGGAACUACUCUGCCCCUCUGACCGUCAGCAGCAGCGGGAACAAGGUCUACCUGCGCUGGUCCUCUGAUCAUGCCUACAACAGGAAAGGCUUCAAAAUCCGCUACUCUGCUCCUUACUGCAGCCUCCCUCAGCCCCCAGCCCAUGGGAUGAUCCUGAGCCAGACAGGGCUGCAGCCUGGCAGCAGCGUUCGCUUCGGCUGCGACAGCGGCUACAGGCUCGUGGGGCACAGCACCACCACCUGCACCCAGCACCCCCAGGGCUACUUCCACUGGAGCCAGGCCACCCCUCUGUGCCAAGCUCUCUCCUGUGGAGUGCCCCAAGCCCCCCGGAACGGCAUCGUCUUUGGCAAGGAGUACACAGUGGGCACCAAGGCCAUGUACCACUGCAACCAGGGCUUCCAGCUGCAGCCUGGGCAGCAGGCCAGCACAGAGUGCCUGCAGGCUGGCACCUGGAGCAACGGGGACCAGCCCCCCCAGUGUGUGGCUGUCACCUGUCCUGACCUCACCAGCAUCGCGGUGGAGCACGGCCGCUGGCGGCUGACCUACGAGAUCCAGUACCACUACAAUGCCCAGCUGAUGCUCAUCUGUGACCCUGGCUACUACUACACUGGCCAGAGAGUCAUCAAGUGCCAAGCCAAUGGCAAGUGGAGCAUAGGAGAACCGAUGCCCACCUGCAAAAUUAUCUCCUGUGGAGACCUGCCAACUCCUCCCAAUGGCAACAAGAUUGGCACACUGACCAGCUAUGGGGCCACAGCCAUCUUCUCCUGCAACACUGGCUACACCCUGGUGGGGUCCCGGGUGAGGGAGUGCAUGGCCAACGGCCUGUGGAGUGGAGCAGAGGUCAGGUGCUUGGCUGGGCACUGUGGAGUGCCCAGUCCCAUUGUGAACGGGCAGAUCAACGGGGAGAACUUCAACUACCGUGGCAGUGUGGUGUACCAGUGCAGCCCUGGCUUCCGCCUGAUCGGGAUGUCGGUGCGCAUCUGCCAGCAGGAUCACCGCUGGUCCGGCAAGACUCCUGUCUGUGUGCCCAUCACUUGUGGCCACCCUGGCAACCCUGCCAACGGCUUGACCCAAGGGACUCAGUUCAACCUGAACGACGUGGCCAAGUUUGUGUGCAACACUGGGUACCAGCUGGAAGGGGCAUCACAGUCCCAGUGCUUGGCCAAUGGGCAGUGGAGCAGCAGCCUGCCCUCCUGCCGGGUUGUAAACUGUACUGACCCCGGGCACCUGGAAAACAGCAUCCGGCAAGUGCAGCCGAGUGGGCCUCACAGAUUCAGCUUUGGAACCACUGUCUCAUACCAGUGCAGCCAUGGAUAUUACUUACUGGGGACACAUGUCCUUACCUGUCAGGGGGAUGGCACUUGGGACCGUGCCCUCCCACAGUGUCUUUUGGUCUCUUGUGGCCACCCUGGCUCCCCUCCCCACGCCCAGCUCUCGGGGGACAAGCACACGGUGGGCUCGGUGGUGAGGUACAGCUGCCUGGGCAAGCGGACGCUGAUCGGCAACGCCACCCGCAUGUGCCAGCUGGACGGGCGCUGGAGCGGCUCCCUGCCCCACUGCUCAGGAAGCAGCCAGGGGGUGUGUGGUGACCCCGGGAUCCCCUCCCAUGGCAUUGGGCUGGGAGAUGCCUUCGAGGUGGGCAGCGUGGUGAGGUUCAGCUGCGAGCCUGGGUACCUGCUGCGGGGCUCAGCCGAGAGGACCUGCCAGGCCAACGGCUCCUGGACUGGCACCCAGCCAGAGUGUGAAGUGAUCUCCUGUGGGAACCCAGGGACCCCCAGCAACGCCAGGGUUACGUUCAACGAUGGUUUGGUGUUCUCCAGCUCCAUCAUUUAUCAGUGCAGGGAAGGUUACUACUCCACAGGGGUGCUGAGCAGGCACUGCACAGUCAAUGGCACCUGGACUGGGACCAACCCAGAGUGUACAGUGAUCAACUGUGGUGACCCAGGGGUGCCAGCCAACGGCAUCCGCCUGGGCAGCGACUUCACCUACAACAAAACAGUGGUGUUCCAGUGCACCCCUGGCUACAUGAUGGAGUCAGACAGGGCAUCCUCUCUGACCUGCACCAAAGACAGGACCUGGAAUGGCACCAAGCCCACCUGCAAGGCUAUCCUCUGCAAACCUCCCCAAGCCAUUCCCAACGGGAAAGUGGUGGGCUCGGAUUUCAGCUGGGGCUCCAGUGUGAGCUACGCCUGCCUGGAAGGCUACCAACUGUCCCUGCCGGCCGUGCUCACCUGCGAGGGCAACGGCAGCUGGAGCGGCGAGAUCCCGCAGUGCUUCCCUGUGUUCUGUGGUGACCCAGGGAUACCUGCCCAGGGCAGGAGGGAGGACAGAGGCUUCACCUACCGCUCGUCUGUCUCCUUCUCCUGCUUGGCCCCACUCGUGCUGGUGGGCUCAGCCCGGAGGUUCUGCCAGUCUGAUGGGACAUGGAGUGGGACCCAGCCCAGCUGCAUAGACCCCAGCCUCACCACCUGUGCCGACCCAGGGGUGCCUCUCUUCGGGAUGCAGAACAACUCCCAGGGCUACCAGGUGGGCAGCAUCAUCUUCUUCAAGUGCCAGAAGGGAUACCUGCUGCAGGGCUCCACCACCAGGACCUGCCUCCCCAACCUGACGUGGAGCGGCGUGCAGCCAGACUGCGUCCCUCACCACUGCAAGCAGCCAGAGACCCCCUCCCAUGCCAACGUUGGUGCUCUGGAUUUGCCAUCUCUGGGCUACACUUUGAUCUACUCCUGUCAGAGUGGAUUCUAUCUCACUGGAGGCUCUGAGCAUCGAACCUGCAAAGCAGAUGGCAGCUGGACAGGGAAGCCACCUAUUUGCCUGGCUGAUGUCCGCCCCAGCGGCAGGCCGGUGGGCACCGCGCGGGACCCGCCGCUCGCCAGGCUCGCAGUGCCUGCUGAUGUGUUUGCAAGGAAUUCCCUGUGGAAAGGCUCCUAUGAGUACCUGGGCAAGAAGCAGCCUGCGAUGCUCUCCGUCACCAGCUUCGACCCUGCCACCAGUAAAGUCAAUGCCACCCUGAUAGACCACAGUGGUGUGGAGCUCCUGGUGUCUGGGGUGUACAAGAAGGAAGAUGUGCAUCUGCUUCUCCAGGUGUACCAAAUAACAGGCCCCGUGGAGAUCUUUGUCAACAAGUUCAAAACUGAGAAGUGGGCUCUAGAUGGACAUGUUUCAUCAGAGUCUUCAAGUGGCACUUUUGUGUACCAGGGCUUUGUACGUGGCAAAGGCUUCGGACAGUUUGGCCUCCAGAGACUUGACAUCAGCAUGAUGGAAAACGAUCCUGAAUCAAUAGGACACCACUUUGCAUCCAACAGCAGUUCUGUGGCAGCUGCCAUCCUUGUGCCUUUCAUAGCCCUGAUUAUUGCAGGGUUUGUGCUUUAUCUCUACAAACACAGGAGAAGACCAAAAGUCCCCUUCAAUGGCUAUGCAGGCCACGAGAACACCAACGUGAGAGCCACCUUCGAGAACCCAAUGUACGACCGCAACCUGCAGCCCACAGACAUCAUGGCCAACGAGACAGAGUUCACAGUCAGCACUGUCUGCACAGCUGUAUAGCACCCAGCCCUGCCUGGGUUGGUGUCUAGUGGAUGAUUGUGUCUCACCUCACUAGUCUCCAUCCAUUCCCUCCUCAUCUCCCUCCUCCCAACCUCGAUGAGGCUGUGGAGAAGCUGCUGCACCUCGUCGGACUCGGCGCUGAGGCCCUGAGAGACUGCUGGGCUGCCCCCUGCCAGCCUCACCCAACCUCUGCCACCCUGCCCUGCAUCACCAAGCCAACCAAAGGUCUGCUCCAACACAGCUCCUCUCUCCCACCCUGCUGCUGGGGCUCAGCCUGCCAUCACAUCCUGGGAGGCCAGGUGAUGGGAAGGCUUGGAACAACCAACCUGCCCUUGGUGGUGUGUCCCUGGAGGGAGCAGUGAGCUGCUGUGUGGGGUCCCAACAAGCUGGGGAAGAGCUUGGACAGCAAAGCAGGCUGCAGAGCCACGAGGUGCUGAGUGGAGUCGAUGGAACAUACUGGGAUGGGGCAGGAUGAGAACUUGCUGUGUCUCUGGUUUUGUGGCUGACUUCUUUGUUGGGUUUGGGGGUUGGUUGUUGGGGUUUUUUCUUUUUGUCCUAUCCUGAAGCUUUUGCAGAGGAAGAGUUUUCAAACAGGACCUUUUCAGUGAGAAAAGCAGAACUUCUCCAAGCUUUUCUCCUCUUCCCCACCCUUGACUUUUCCUUUUUGGGUUUCUCCUGCCCCUGUGCUCAUUUCAGGCAGCUUUCAGGGCUGGUAAGGAAACAUUUCCCCCCACCCCCCAUCUCCAACCCUCUCCCAUCAGCUGCUGAUUUUAGCUGUAUCCAAACCCCCUGAGCAGAAACUUGCUGAGAGACAACGAAGGGACAGAAACCUCUUCAAGAAGAACUCUACCAAACACCCACUGCCCCCCAGCUGCUUUCAGGAGCCUCUGCCCUUUCCAAAUGGCCAUGCAAUAAGGGGUUUCAUUUCUCUCCAAAGCUCUUCCCUUUAUUUCCCAGGGGCAGGAAGGUUGCCUUGGCUUUGGUGAGAGCAGAUAAGGCUGCUUGACAUUUUCCCUGCCUUAGGAGAGGAGGAUCCUGUCCUGCUGACACUGCUCCUCUCCUAACAGGGAGCAGAGCUGCUGCUCUUGAUUGCUGGGCUUUGGUUUUGGUUGGCUCUGUUUGGUUUGGCUCUCCCCAUUUCUGGAAUCCAGGAAACUCAACAGUGCCAUUUGACCACCCUGAGCUUGAGCUGAGGCAGGGCAGUGUGGUGCAGAUGAAGCAGCUUCUUCUUUGCAGAAGACUUGAAGGACAAGCAGAAGGCAAAGAAAGAGGUGUGUGGGGAGGGGGAGGUGGUGUUUACAUCCAUGCUUGCACCUCCAAGCUGCCUUUCCCCUGCCUCUUGUCAGCUGAGGUUUUGCCUGAUGCAAGCCACAGGGUAGUUGGGUUUGGGGUUUGGGGUUUGGGUUUGUGUUUUGGGUUGGGUUGUUUUUUUUUCUCUUUCUCCUCCUGGUUUUGUUUCUUCUUUUUACUCUGUCUGUGUGUAUAUAUAAAUAUAGCUUAUUUUUUUUACUCCUGUCUCUUAUUCAGCUCUCUUAGAGUAAGCAGCAGCCUGCAGCCUACCUGCUGGACAGCCAGCCUGCCAAAAAACACCACCCCACCCCAAACAUGCCAGCUCUGCUGCCCCCCUCCAGCAGCCAGAGGUGCUCUGAUUUAUUAUGGGCAGCCUCUGAUCCAGAGAGGUGCUGCCCAUGUGGAGGGGGCACCACAAGCAGCUCAGGACCAGUGCUGGACCAUGUCCUGCAGCACAGCAGGCUCCCAGCUCAUGCCAAGCACACCAGUGGGUGGAGAUGGUUUCACCUUCCAGCUGGUUGUGGGGAGCUGGGUCAGGCUGGCAGUGGUGCCAGCUCCAGCCUGGGCACCUGCAGCUCACAGGGCACGGACCCCAGAACAAGCUGAAGGGUAAGUGAGAAGAGAGGACCCUGACCAGGCUGUGGUGGCACUUGGGUGUGGGGCCAAGGGAUGUCUUCCCUCCAGCUCCUCAGCUGAGUGGCUGCCCUGAGGGCAGGGAGCUGCCUCCCCUUCCACUGCAGCGGUGAGACCAGGAUGCUCCUCUGGCUCCUUGCCUUGUGGCUGCAAGCACACAGCUGGGCCCUACCUUCAGCUCUGCUCUCCUGGCCCAUAACUGACCCCAGGGUCCUUGCCAACCUCAGUUAUUGUUUGCUCCAUGCCCCUAGCCUGUUCUCCUGCCCUUUGCUCUGCAGCCAAGGGACCAAGGCUGCCUGGCAUGGCAGAGCCCAAAGGCAGCAGCACUUUGCUAGGCCCUGGUGCUUUGAUGCCAAUGAUGGCAACGUCCUGGCUCUGCUUCCAGUACCCAGUGCUUGGGCACCUCCCAGUGUCCCACCGUGGCAGAGCUGGAGUCUUUCCAGGCUCCUUUCAGCUCAAGAAAAGCCUCUCCCAGCUGGUCAGUGUGCAGGGCAGGGAUGUCCACACACACACAGCCACAGCAGAGCCCACACCUGCUGCCCCACACCUGCCUGAAUCCCUCCCAACCCACGGGAAGAGCCAGGGGAAGCUGCUGGCAAGGGGUGUGAAGGGAGCCUGAGAUGGUUUAACAGCAAGGCAGGGAGCAGAGCAGUGCCACUGCCACAGGACCUGCUGCUCUCAGCCCAUGAAAUGCCAUUGCCUGCUGCUGCCCCAGCAGCAAGGGAGGAGGAGGAGGAAUUGGGGGGGGGGUGGCCCAUUAGUUUUUGCAAGCUGGCUGGGGCCUGAUAUGUGUCAUAAUCCAUUCUGCUGCCCAGAGGAUGGCAUCAGCUUCAAACUGCUUCAGAGUUCAGAGGGGGAAAGGAAAAUGAAAAAGAAUGAAAAGAAAGAAAAGGCAAAAAACAAAGAGAAAGAAAAAAAAGAAAAGAGAAAGGAAAGAAAGAAAAAUAAAAAAGCAAAGAAAAAAGAAAAGAAAGAAAAAAGAGAAAGGAAAGGAAAAAGAAUGGAAAAAAAAGAAAGAAAGGAAAGGAAAAAAGAAAGGAAAGGAAAAGGGAAGUAAAGAAAGAAAAAAGAAAGGAUAAAGAAAGAAAAAAGAGAAAGAAAGGAAAGGCUAAAGAAAGGAAAAAAGAAAGGAAAGGAUAAAGGAAAAAAAGAUAAAUAAAGGAAAAGAUAAAGAAAAUAAAGAAAAAAGUGAAAGAAAGGAAAGGAUAAAGAAAGGAAAAAAGAAAGGAUAAAGGAAAAAAAUAAAGGAAAAGAUAAAGAAAAAAGAGAAAAAGGAAAGGAAAGGAAAAAGGAAGUAAAGAAAAAAUGAAAGGAUAAAGAAAGAAAAAAGAGAAAGAAAGGAAAGGAAAAAGGAAGUAAAGAAAGAAAAAAGAAAGGAUAAAGAAAGAAAAAAGAGAAAGGAAAGGGAAAAAAGGAAGGAAAAAGGAAGUAAAAAAAAAGAAAGGAUAAAGAAAAAAGAAAGGAAAGGGAAAAGGAAGAAAAGAAAGAAAAAAGAGGAAAAAAAUAAAUGAAAGAGAGGAAAGGAACAAGAAAAGAAAGAAAAAAGAAAUAAAGGAAGAGAUAAAGAAAAGAAAGGAAAGGAAAAAGGAAAAGAAAAAAGAGAAAGGAAAAGGAAGAAAGAGAAAAAGAAAGAAAGGAAAGGAAAAAGAAGAAAGAAAGGAAAGAAAAACGAGAAAGGAAAGGGAAAAGAAAUAAAAAGGAGAGGAAAGGAAAAAGGGAAAGGGAAGAAAAGAAAGAACAAGAAAGGAAAAAAAAGGGGGGAAAGUGGAAUAAAAAAAAUGAAAAAAGGGGGAACAAAAAAAAUAAAAAAGGAAAGAAAAAAGAGGAGAGAAAAGACAAAGGAGAGAAAAAAGAAAGGAAAAGGGAAAAAAAUAGAAAACAUUAAAAAUGAAAACUAAAAAAGUAGCAAAUAAAGAAAAAAAAGGGAAAAAUAAAAGCAGAAAAAGAAAUCAGAGGGAAAAAACAAAACAAAAUAAAAGACAUUAAUAAAAAAGGAAAAAAAUAAGGAAAAAAAAGGAAAAAUAGAAAAAAAAGAAGAAAAAAAAUCCCUUUUUUUGUACAGAGAUCUAUUUUUAUGAGUCAAAACUUUGUACAGUUCAAACCAACCUCCCCUCUGUAAAUGCUGCUGAGCUUUGGGUUUGGCUUUGGGUUUUGCUUUGGGUUUAACUUUGGGGUUUGCUUUGGGUUUUGCUUUGGGUUUUGCUGUGAAUUUCACUUUGAGUUUCACUUUGGGUUUAACUUUGGGUUUUACAUUGAGGUUUGGUUUGGGUUUUGCAUUGAGUUUUGCUUUGGGUUUUGCAUUGAGCUUUGGUUUGGGUUUUGCUGUGAGUUUCACUUUGAGUUUCACUUUGGGUUUUGCUUUGGAUUUUGCUGUGAGUUUUGCUUUGGGUUUCACUUUGGGUUUUACAUUGAGCUUUGCUUUGGGUUUUGCUGUGAGUUUCACUUUGGGUUUUACUUUGGGUUUAACUUUGGGUUUCACUUUGAGUUUUGGUUUGGGUUUUGCUGUGAGUUUCACUUUGGGUUUAACUUUGGGUUUUGCAUUGAGUUUUGGUUUGGGUUUUGCUGUGAGUUUAACUUUGAGUUUCACUUUGGGUUUUGCUUUGGGUUUAGCUUUGGGUUUUGCUGUGAAUUUCACUUUGGGUUUUGCUUUGAGUUUUGCUUUGGGUUUUGCUUUGAGUUUUGCUUUGGGUUUUGCUGUGAGUUUCACUUUGAGUUUCACUUUGGGUUUUGCUUUGGGUUUUGCUGUGAAUUUCACUUUGAGUUUCACUUUGAGUUUUGGUUUGGGUUUUGCUUUGGAUUUUGCUGUGAGUUUCACUUUGGGUCUCACUUUAGGUUUCCCUUUGAGAUUCGCUUUGGGUUUCACUUUGAGUUUUGCUUUAGGUUUUGCUGUGAGUUUUGGUCUGAGUUUCACUUUGGGUUUUGCUUUGAGAUUCACUUUGGGUUUCACUUGGAGUUUUGCUGUGAGUUUUGGUCUGAGUUUCACUUUGAGUUUUGGUUUGGGUUUUGCUGUGAGUUUCACUUUGGGUUUCACUUUGGGUUUCACUUUGGGUUUUGGUUUGGGUUUUGCUGUGAGUUUCACUUUGGGUUUCACUUUGGGUUUCACUUUGGGUUUCACUUUGGGUUUCACUUUGGGUUUUGGUUUGGGUUUUGCUGUGAGUUUCACUUUGAGUUUCACUUUGAGUUUCACUUUGGGUUUCACUUUGGGUUUCACUUUGGGUUUUACUUUGGGUUUCACUUUGGGUUCCACUUUAGGUUUCACUUUGGGUUUCACUUUAGGUUUCACUUUGAGUUUCGCUUUGGGUUUCGCUGUGAGUUUCACUUUGAUUUCUCCCUCCAUUAUUGUACUUAAAACCCCACCAAGUAGCUGAAGCUGAACUUAUUUUCCUUCUUUUUUCCCCCCCUCUUUCCUUCAUUUUGUAAAUGUACUAAACUGUAUAAAUCUGAUUUCCAGAGAGCUGUACAGAUGUAAUCUAUCCCCACCCCCACCCUCCUCGGCUUGUCUCUGCGGUAUGCCCCACUUUAAUUUAUCUGUCUCUGUAUAUGAGGCUUUGCCUGCUCUCCUGGGCAGGAAUUUGGAAGCUAUUUUAAAUUUUGGACUUCAAAUAAAAAAAAAUCUAAUUUUU